AUGUGGAUCGCACUGCUGCUGCUGCUGGCCUUGGUCGCGCUGGCACUGGGGCUGGUCGCCCACCGGCUCCUGGCUGCCUCUGGCAACCCCUUUGCCCGGCCACCCUCGGGCCCCCCCCGGCCACUGGUGACGGAUCCACGCGCCCGCGACAAGGUCCUGAAGCAGGGGUUCAGUGCCAACCGCGUGCCACCGGAGCUGGACGCUGUGGUCAUCGGCAGCGGCAUAGGUGGCCUGACGGCGGCUGCCACCUUGGCCAAGGCUGGCAAGAGGGUGCUGGUGCUGGAGCAGCAUGACCAGGCUGGUGGGUGCUGCCACACCUUUGAGGACCAGGGCUACGAGUUCGAUGUGGGCAUCCACUAUGUGGGGCAGAUGCACGAGGGCAGCAUGCUGCGGGUGGCACUGGACCAGCUGACAGAUGGGCAGCUCUGCUGGCACCGCCUGCCUGACCCCUAUGACGAGGUGACCCUGGGCACCCGGCGCUACCAGCUGCGAUCUGGCAAGACCACCUUUGCCACCGCCCUGGAGGAGCAGUUCCCUGAGGACAAAGAGGCCAUCAGGGAGUUCAUGAAGAUCUCCAAGGCGGGCACAGGCGGCGUGGCCGCGGUGACCUGGGCGCUGCGGGCGCAGGUGGCGUCGCGGCACGUGGCGCUGGUGGCGCUGCUGAAGAUGCUGCCCGCGUGGGCGAGCUCCCUGCUGCUGCGGCUGCGGCUCCUGCACCGCAUCUCGCCUGUCUUCCGCCUGGCGGCCACCAGCCACAGCCGCGCCGUGGCCCAGCUCACGGCCAACCCGGACCUGCGCGCCCUGCUCGCCUACCUCUUCUAUGGCACGGCCCCGCAGGACUCCAGCUUCCUGGUGAACCUGCUGAUGGUUCACCACUACCAGCGGGGCGCCUGGUACCCGCGGGGCGGUGCCAGCGAGGUCGCCUUCCACUGCGUGCCCGUGAUCGAGCGCGCCGGCGGCGCCGUGCUGGUGCGCGCCCCUGUCACCCGCGUCCUGCUGGCCCCGACGGGAGCCGCCGUGGGGGUGGCGGUACAGAAGGGACCCAGCGAGGAGGAGGAGGUGCAGAUCUUCGCCCCCUGCGUCAUCUCCGAUGCUGGAAUCUUCAACACCUUCGGCAAGCUGCUGCCGCCCUCCGUGCGCAGCCACCCGGGCAUCCUGUCCCGCCUGGGCAUGGUUCGGCAUGGCAUGGGCUCCUUCCUGGUGUUCGUGGGGCUGCAGGGCAGCGCGGCCGAGCUGGGCCUGCCAGCCACCAACUUCUGGAUCUACCCCCACAAUGACCUGGACACCAUGAUGACCCAGUAUGCUGCCCUGAGCCGCGAGGAGGUCCCCGAGAACCUGGCCAUGAUGUUCAUCACCUUCCCUGCUGCCAAGGACCCUACCUAUGAGCAGCGGCACCCAGGUCGGUCCUGCAUGACCAUCCUGACCAUGGCACGGUACGAGUGGUUCGAGGAGUGGGCGGGGGCCCGGGUCAAGCACCGGGGGCCUGACUACCAGAGCUACAAGAUGGACAUUGCCCAGCGUCUGCUGGAGAGGGCACUGCAGCGCUUCCCCCACCUCCGUGACAAGGUGGCGUUCCUGGAGGCGGCAUCACCGCUGACCAACCAGCACUACCUGGCAGCGCCCCGCGGGGAGAUGUAUGGCACCGAGCACGACCUCGGCCGCUUCCAGCCGGCAGUGCUGGCAGCCAUGAGGGCAGAGACCCCUGUCAGGAACCUCUACCUGACGGGGCAGGACGUGUUCAGCUGCGGGCUGGCAGGGGCACUGCACGGGGGCCUGCUCUGCGCCUCCGCCGUGCUGCGCAGGAUGCUCUACCUGGACCUGCUGCUCCUCAAGAGGAGGAUCAAGAGGAGCCAGCGCCGGCAGGCGGCCUGAGGGCUGGGCACGGCGGCAGGGCACGGCGGCUGGGCACGGCGCUGGGCACGGCGGCUGGGC